UGUUAAAAUCAUUUUGCUUCUUCUAUUUUCAUCUAAGCCCUCAUCAUUGUCACCAUCUUCAUAGAUCUUUCUUGCCGCCUCCCCCAUUUUUCCUUUUGUUGAUUCCUUCCUUGUUGCCUGUUAAAGUUGAUUGAAGAAACUCUCUUACAACUCCCAAGUUUGAGACUACAUUUGCAGAUGGAAGCAGUGAUACCAUCGACUGUUACUCCAGCGAAGAGCAAAUGGUCUCUAACUUUAUCGAAAGUCCUUCACCGGCACGCGAUGGCGUCGGAGGUUGUUCCGGACGACGGCAUUCACAAGGUUAAGCUGCAUGAGGAGACCGAAGAAUGGAAUGAUUGUAAGACGACCAAGAGAUUAUCCCAGAAAUUUGACAGAUUACACGAUGAAGAGCAUGAAACAAAGGUGGCACUGGAAGCGAUUGUUGCUAAAAUCUUUGCUAUUGUUUCGGGUAUUAAAGCAGGAUAUGCUCAGUUGCAGCACGCUCAGUCUCCUUACGAUGCCGAAGGGAUCCAAGGAGCCGAUCAAAUCAUCGUCUCCGACUUGAAAAAACUGUCGGAACUGAAGCGGUGUUUCUUGAAGAAACAGUACGAUUUUCCCCCAGAGCAAGCAUUGGCUUUAGCCGAAAUCCAGGAACUGAAAGGCCUUUCUACGACGUUUAAAAUCACGGCAAAGAAACUGGAAUCUCAGACAAGACUCAAAGAGUCCGAGAUAAUUUUUCUCCGGGAAAAACUGGAUGAAUCCAACAAGCAAAACAGGUUACUGGAGAAGAGCUUAAACCAAAGCGGCCAGUUAGUCGUGCUCGACAACCUUCAUCUUUCCGGCUUAAAUCCCACCCAUUUCAUCACCGUCCUUAAACAAACUGUUAAGUCGGUUCAAAGUUUUGUCAGGCUGAUGAUCGAUGAAAUGAAGUUGGCUGAUUGGGAUAUCAAUGCGGCAGCAAGUUCGAUUGAAAGAGGCGUGGUGUAUUGGAAGGAAGACGAUAAAUGUUUCGCAUUUGAAUCCUUCAUUUGCAGGGAAAUGUUCAAGGCUUUCCAUCUACCUUAUUUUUCCAUUUUUGGAAGCUCAGUACCAGAAACGAAGAAACAUCCCCGAGUCUUCUUCGAUCGGUUUACAGAACUGAAAUCCAUCAAAGUUGCUGAAUAUCUAGCCAUGAAACCGAGAUCAACGUUUGCCAAAUUCUGCAGGAACAAGUACCUGCAAGUCGUUCAUCCGAAGAUGGAAUCGUCGUUCUUUGGCAAUUUAAGCAACAGAGAAGUGUUGAGUUCCUAUCGAUUCCCACACACAACAUUCUUCACAUCGUUUGCCGAAAUGGCGAAAAGGGUCUGGAUUCUGCAUUGCUUAGCAUUCUCUUUCGUCCCCGAGGCAUCAAUCUUUCAGAUAAGUAAAGGGUGUAGGUUCUCAGAGGUGUACAUGGAAAGUGUAGGUGAGGAAGCAUUCCUUUCAUCCGAAACCACGCCGGGAUCGGAACCCCGAGUCGCAUUCACCAUCGUCCCAGGAUUUCGGAUCCGAGCAACUGUAAUUCAAUGCCAGGUCUAUCUAUCACAAUUCAAGACGAGGUAGUCCUUGAUUCAUGUUUUAGUAAGCUAGGUCAGAGGACAUGGAUUUGGGGAUGGUUAUUGUGGGGGAUUUAUUCCUUAUGGCCUUAAUGAUAAAUGAGAGGAUAAUUGGUUUGUAAGACACAUUCCCCCCAUUUUGUUAAUCUCUUGGGACAGUCAUGUUUGCCAUUAUUGCCUUACUCUGAUGCUUUUUGUAUGUACAUAA